AUGAUAGGAGCUGUUCGUAAAUGGAUAGCAAAGAAAACAGAUUCCGGUUCCAGCCUGUUGCCGCUAUACAAAGAUAAGCCUAACGGUCCUCAUCGGAGUAAUAUCAAUACACACAGAUCAACACUACUCAAGAUGCUCUUUAAAGGGUUUGUAUGUUCCAUUGCCUUAUAUGUCAUCUUCUAUUGGUACACGACAAGAAAUGACACCCAGUUCAAGUUCAAGGGUCCUGGAGAGUUUGAUGGCAAGGACUGGUCCAAGGCACAGACAGAAGUCAAAGAUGUGAUGCUUGAGUCGUGGCACUACUACGAGAAGUAUGGCUGGGGUAGUGAUGAAUUCCAUCCUAUCGGAGAAAAGGGCCGUACCAUGGGCAAGAAACCUAUGGGGUGGAUUAUAGUUGAUUCUAUCGAUACGUUGAUGCUUAUGGAUGCCAAAGAAGAAGUGGCCAGGGCCAGGACCUGGAUUAAAGAUGAAUUGGAUUACAAGUUUCACAUUGAAGUCAAUGUGUUUGAGACUACCAUUAGAAUGUUGGGAGGACUUUUGGCGGCAUUUAGUUUAAGCAAUGAUGAUUUAUAUUUAGAUAAAGCCGUUCAAUUGGGUAAUGGACUUUUAGGUGGUUUCCAUUCUCCUACAGGACUUGCUUACAGUUCAGUGAAUUUGCUAACUGGUGAAGGUCUUAGGAAUCAUGUGGAUAAUGGAGCUUCUUCAACUGCCGAAGUUUCUACUCUUCAAUUGGAAUUCAAGUAUUUAUCAAAACUUACCGGAGAAACUACCUUUUGGGAACACGUGGAGAAAGCCAUGGCUGUUCUUGAUGCUCAAAACCCCGUGGAUGGGUUGGUUCCAGUGUACGUUCGUCCAGAUAACGGUAAGUUCCAAGGAAAUUAUAUCAGAUUAGGUUCCAGAGGGGAUUCUUACUAUGAGUAUUUGUUGAAGCAAUAUUUACAAACAAAUAAUCAAGAGAAGGCAUACUGGGAAAUGUAUCGAGAAUCUGUGGCUGGAGUGAAGAAGAGAUUGGUGAAGAAAUCAACUCCUAAUGGGCUAACCUUCAUUGGGGAACUACCUAAUGGAUUAAAUGGACAGUUUUCAAAUAAAAUGGAUCAUUUGGUGUGUUUCUAUGGGGGGUUACUUGCACUUGGAGCCACCAAUGGGAUGCCAUUAGAGGAAGCACGCAAGAGCGAUUUUUGGAAUGAAGAAUUGGAAGACGACUUCAAUUUAGGACAAGAGUUGACUUAUACUUGUUAUAAAAUGUACCAUGAUGUUGUACCCACCGGGUUAUCUCCAGAAAUAGUUGUUUUCAACACUGACGGACAAUCGAAAGAUGACUUUUACAUCAAAACCCUCGACAAACAUAAUUUACAACGACCAGAAACCGUGGAGUCUUUAUUUAUCUUGUACAGAUUAACAGGGGAUGUUAAAUAUAGAAAGAUGGGAUAUGAGAUCUUUCGGAAUUUUGUGAAAUACACCAGAUAUGUAAAUAAGAAUGGUGAUGCCACUUACACUUGUUUACUGGAUGUUACAAGUAAGAAUGGGUUGAAAGAUAGCACAGAAUCCUUUUGGUUUGCUGAGACCUUGAAAUAUUUAUACCUUUUAUUUGAUGAUACCAAUAAGUUACCAUUGGACAAAUAUGUGUUUAACACCGAAGCACAUGCGUUCCCCAAGUUUGAUUUAACGGAUACGUUAAAGACCGGAUGGACCAGAAAGAAGCACGAAAAGGAAUCAAACGGUAGUGAUACAAAGAAACCAGAAGUUAAAGUCGAUAAGAAACAUCCGCCUGAAGCCCAAAAGGUUAAUGAACCUCUUGAGAAGCAAGUUGAAAAAUUGGCCAAACAAUAUCCCAAGAUUUUAAAGGAUUAG